CCUGGAGCCCGGCCUCGGCAGCCUGUUCGCGCUGCGCGGGCCCGCCAUGGACCUCACCACCGCCUACCGCUACAACCAGAACAUGAUGGAGUACUACACCUGCCACGGCGGGGUGAACCAGCUGGGCGGCGUCUUCGUGAACGGCCGGCCGCUGCCCGACGUCGUGCGCCAGCGCAUCGUCGAGCUGGCCCACAACGGCGUGCGGCCCUGCGACAUCUCGCGCCAGCUGCGGGUCUCCCACGGCUGCGUCUCCAAGAUACUGUCCAGGUACUACGAGACGGGCAGCUUCAAGGCGGGCGUCAUCGGCGGCAGCAAGCCCAAGGUGGCGACGCCGCUGGUGGUGGACGCGAUCGCCAACUACAAGCGCGAGAACCCCACCAUGUUCGCCUGGGAGAUUCGCGACCGGCUGCUCGCCGAGGGCAUCUGCUCGCAGGACAACGUGCCCAGCGUCUCCUCCAUCAACCGAAUUGUGAGGAACAAGGCGGCGGAGAAGGCGAAGCACGUGCACCAGUCGCAGCAGCAGCAGCAGCAGCAACAGCAGCAGUCGGGGGCGGGGGCGUCGCCGGCGGGCAGCGGCGCGGGGGCGGGCGCGGGCGCGGGCCCCGGCGUGUCGGUGAUCGCGCACGCGCCCUCCGCCUCCGCGUCGGCCUCCGCCUCCGCCUCCGCGGCCGCGGCCGCCGCCGCCGCCGCCGCCGCCCACGCGCACGCGCACCACGACGCGUCGCGGCCCGGCGCCUACAGCAUCAACGGCAUCCUCGGCAUCCCGCAGCACGCCGACCAGCCGACCGCCAAGCGGAAGCGCGACCACCACCACGCAGACGAGAACCGCGACCUCAACGGACACCCAGAUGACGACAUCAAGAGGCAGAGGACGCACUACAACGGCGAGCAGCUCUACUCCAACUUGUGGCCGGGCAAGUGGAGCAUCAAGGACGAGCACAAGCUGCUGUCGGAACUGGGCAGCAGCGCGGGGUCGCCCUACUACGACGGUGGGGGCGGCGGAGGCGGCGGGGGCGGCGCGGGGGGCGGCCAGGGCAGCCAGGGCUUCGCCGCGGCGGCUGCGGCGGCGGCCGCGGCGGCGGCGGCGGCUGUCGCGACGUCGUCCGCCUCGGCGGCCGACCUGUACGACGGCAUCGCCUCCAUGACGCAGCAGGCGCCCGUCUACACGCCCUCCCCGCUCGGCGGCUCGCUCACUCCACUGGCGCCCAUCACGAUGCAGGAGAUGAAGCUGUGCCCCAGCGCCGUGCUCGACCCCUCCAUGUCUCCGUACCAGCAAGUGGGCGCAGGCGGCGGCGCCGGCGUCGUCCCGGUGAGCGAUUACUCGUACGGGCCGCCAUACUCGCAGUACUCGUCCACGUACGGCUCCUACGGCUACGGCGCCGGCGGGUUACUCACAGGCGCUCCCUACUAUCCGUACGGUGGCUGCGGCGGAGCCGGCAGCACCAGCAGCAGCUGCAGCAGCAGCAGCAGCAGUGGCAGCGGGGGCGGCAGUGGAGGCUGCGGGGGCGGCGGGGGCGGCUGCGAGCCUCCGCAGCUGCAGCUGCAGGCGCACCUGCUGGCCGCGGGCCGCGCCAGCUGCGCCCACUCCGAAUCGCGGUCGCCGCUGGCGGCCACGAGGGCCAGCUCUGGCGCCAGCGCGGCCUCUCCCACAGGCAGCGCCAGCGCCGCCUGCUCCAGGGCCCAGGGGCUGGACCUCCUGCUGGGCUGAGGCGGGAACUCCCAGCCGGUCUGGUCUGAGCCUCUCACCAGCGCCAGGCGGGGUCUCCACCUCCCGGGGCCUGACGCCCUGCCUCUGACCUCACACUGCAGAGCCUUAGUCCAUCAGAGGCCGAUCGCUGAUCUCACACUGCUUCUGGAGGACCCACGUCAUCACGGUCACCGUCACCGCUGACGGUCUCGUACCAGUCUCCCCCACCACCUGCCACAGUGCCCCGUACUCUGCGCGCUACCGGACUGCGCCACUGAUCUCAUCUGCUGCGGUCUUUCUACCGAACGCGAGAAAAGGCUGUCUCGGCACUUGCUGACUACUGGACGACUAGUCAGCACGAGAGGAAGAGAGAGUCGCCUGGUGCUGUACGUACGUCCCACUGCUACCACGAUGUCGGUGUUCGGAGUGUGGAGGCAUAGGACCUUUGGUGACUGCACGGCAGUUACACUCUGAACUGCGACCUUUCGUGUCUGUGGAGUACACCACUGGGAUACACUGUCGAUGUGAAGACUACGGCCACAAAGCUAUACCUAUAUACAACCGGAAGUAAAAUUAUGCGACCAUCUUAUACAUAUAUAAAUAUUAAAAGGAAAGUUAGAUGAUUUUUAUUUUUUGUAUACAGAACAGCCAAAGACUUGAUUUAUCAUAUCCCUUAUCAUCAUAAUCCUCUUUUCCAUAUCAUUAUAUGUACAUAUUAACGAAUGUUUCUUUUUUAUAUAAUAUAUAAAUAUUCCUCACAAAUCUCGCACUUGCACAAACAGUAAUCCUUAAUUGUGUCGUUAAGGCCUACUUGCAUCCCACCUGGAAGAACCUCUAGGUAAAUGUUUCUGAAAAAAAAAAGAAUAGCCACCUUCAUUAGCUCAGCAGCUUCUCAUUUAAACACAGUAUGAGGUACUUCAGGGAAAAAACACAAUCCGGUACAUGUAAACAGCCCAGGAGGUAGUACACCAAAGAAAAAUUCUUGAAAUUAGUUUGUGGGCUGAGAAAUUUUGACAGUAGAGCUCAUUGUGAUAACAGAACUGCAACCAUCGUAAUCACCUUACUUCCAACAGGAAAGAGCAAAAAUUAAUGAGAAUCAACAACAAAUUUCAGUUUUCCUCCCACAAGAAAUGUAUGUUACAAAAAUUUUGUAGUAAUGUUAAAUGAAACCAGAACACAGUCUACUGCCUGCAAGUACUUAAUUAUGUCCUCUAAGGAUGUAUUUUUUGAACUAUUAUAGUACAUAGCAGGUACUCUAUGGUUUCUGAAUCAUUAUAACAUUAAAAUUAAGGCCCCUAAACGUAUACUGAGAAGGUCCUUGCAGGUGGAGAUGCAAGUUCGUGCAAUUAUCAACAUUUUUUGUUUUUAAUUUGAGCAAACAAAAAUAGGCUAAGUGUAAAAACUGUUAUACAUGAAGUGUUGCGGAAUGACAAAAGAAACACUUUUACUAGGCUUUCAUUGAGUAAAAACUGAAGCAAUUAACAUCCCUAGUCAGAGUGUCUGUCCCAAGAUACAGUUGCGCCUGCAAGACAAGUGGUUCUUACACACGCCUCUAUGUAUACAUUAUUUAUUGCUUAUUUUCUUAAUAAGUAAAACAAAGUGUAAUAUUUUAUUUUUCAUUUUUACCAAAGAGAUGUUAGCAAUAUUCCCUUGCACAUAAUAUGCGAGUAAAUUUUUAUUGAUAAAAAACUAAGAUUGUGACCUAUAUCUUUAAAAUUAAUUUUUAUAUAUCUGAGAAAGAGAAAAAUCUUAAUUGAAUUGUUAUUAUGUUUUAAGAUUGCGAUAGUUCCUUUUGCCCCUUUCAUAUUCCUCGACGAUCGGUUGAUCUUCGUUUCCAAAAAUUUCCUGCUCCCAUCUUCCCAAUUCCUAAGAGCAUCAGUCACUUUAUCUGGUAUCAUUUAGACUAGGUUACAUAGCGUACAGUUAUUGUAAAGAAAUAAAGAA